AUGCCGCCCCGAGCCUCGCUCACAGGAUCCUUCUCGGUUUCAGACGAGAACAACGUCGUCGUCUGCCCGCUGCGCAACCAUGACGGCUCUGCCUGUCGCAAGCGCUGCACCGGCGAAAAGCGAUAUCGCUCCAUGCAGGAGCACAUCCGCCGCGCCCAUCCCGAGCACUACAUCUCGAAGCUCCCCGCCACCGAGGAGAGCUUCACGUUGAUGGUCAACGCUACACCGCGCGAGCUGCCUCCCCCGCCUCCACCUCCCACCUCCACAACAGGCCCACCAGCUCAGCGGGGACUGACACAGUGGCAAGGCUAUGGAGGCGAGCUCAAUGCCUUCUACAACGACGACUACGCCCUGGGCACGCCCAGGUCAUCCGAUGAGAUGCGCCGAGGCUCGCUGCUCCCCGCUGCCAGUGCGGCUGCCGCUCUUGCUUCGCUGCACAACCACCGCCCAGACUACGACUGGGAGUCUGACCCGGAGCCGACAUCAGAGCCCGAGAAGAGCUACCGACCCCGCGCCCGCUUCGCUCCCACGACCAUGGAACAUCACAUUACCACUACCGAGGAACCCUACUAUACUUCUACCUCGCUGCAGCGUGAGCUGCUUCCCUCGUCGCUCGCUCGCUCGCCGCCGGGCCGCUCCUCCACGCUCCCACCAGCUCCCCGAUCCAUAAAGCCCAACAGACCUCGCAAGUCGUCCGUAGGGCAGAACGCGCGCAAGCCGAAACACGAGCGCCAGAAAUCCAAAGAGAAUGCCCGAAGAAUGAGCUACGACCGGAAGGCAUAUUCUGCAGAGCCACAGGCGGCUGCUGCCAUGUUCGGCAAGCGAUGGGAGGAUCUCAUCGAUGCUGCGGCAUCGGCAACAGAGGAAGACAGCCGGGACCUCACACCGGUCCCUGCCUCUCCUCCCCAUCACUCACCUCACAUGUUGAACCGGACCUCGCUGCCACCAUUUGUUGCUACUCAAUUUCAGUCAUACACAGCAUCGCCGCUACAGAACACACUGACGCCGCCUCCGCCGGAUAUGUCAGAUCUGCAGCCAUUUCCUUCCGUCGAAAGUUCGAUCGAAUCAGCAGUUUCCGGAGCAAAUUUCCACAUACCAUCCCAGGGUCUUUCGGAUUCUUCACCCACAUAUACCCACCCUGUACAGAUUUACUGCGCUGCAUGCCGAAAACUGUCCGUAUUAAAAGAGAGCUAUGCCUGCUCCGAGUGUAUAUGCGGCCUAUGUCAGGAUUGCGUAGACGUUCUCGUCAGCGAGCAUUCCCGAGGCAGAACAGCACGGUGUCCGCGGUGCGGCGCCGUCGGCGGCAAGUUCAAACCUUUCCAAUUGGACAUCAGAUGA